AUGCGCAAGGUUGACAACCAAGCGCACUUCAGAACAGCCAGCUGAUAUCAACCACUUAGCAACGGUGGUUAGCGUGUAUCUUCCGUUUCUUUCUGUAGCAACAUUAGCCGUCAGUGUUGUACAUGACAGGUUUUCAGGCCAUGCAGGGCUGUAAGCUUGGCGCAUAAUCAUCAUGACAGCUUUGCUCGAGCUAUUUAACUGUCCUUUGUCGGUGUAGUUAGCCUGCUAGCUUACUGAGGUGAAGUUGACAUCAGCACUGCAAUCAUUUACGCUAGUUAGCUAAGUUACCGGGGUGCUUUACAAGCUGGACUCAACAAGCGUCGCCGUCAGCCAUGGGGAUACUCUUCACAAAGCUGUGGAGGCUUUUUAAUCACCAAGAGCACAAAGUAAUUAUUGUGGGGCUGGAUAAUGCAGGCAAGACUACAAUUCUGUACCAGUUUUCAAUGAAUGAGGUGGUGCACACCUCCCCUACAAUAGGAAGUAAUGUGGAAGAGAUUGUCGUCAACAACACCCAUUUUCUCAUGUGGGACAUCGGGGGUCAGGAGUCCCUUAGGUCUUCGUGGAAUACAUAUUACACAAACACGGAGUUUGUAAUUGUUGUGGUUGACAGCACAGACAGAGAAAGAAUCUCUGUGACCAAAGAAGAACUCUACAGAAUGCUUGCACAUGAAGACUUAAGAAAAGCAGGCUUAUUAAUCUUUGCCAACAAGCAGGAUGUGAAAGGCUGUAUGACUGUAGCGGAGAUUUCUCAGAGUCUCCAACUUACCUCCGUCAAAGACCACCAGUGGCACAUCCAGGCCUGUUGCGCCCUUACAGGGGAGGGGUUGUGCCAGGGUCUGGAGUGGAUGAUGUCACGACUGCGCGUCAGAUGAUGAGCUUGACGGUUUUGUUUGUCUUUUUCUGCAUCCGCAUACGAGGGACUGGAGGGUGAGGUCCUCUCCAGUCUGGGGCAGACCCCAGGAUAUUCUAUUCUAUCGUAAUAAUUUAUUUUUCAAAAGACAUUUGAAGUCAAAACAAACCAACGAAAAAGAAACCAUGACACUUUUACCGGAACAGUGGACAACAAAGAGCCGGAAACUAUUUAAAGUUCAACUUCUGCACGGCUUUCUCAGCAAGAAGACAGAGAUCAGUAAAUUGACUUGGAACUGGACGUGGAUUUUAUUCUUCAGCUGUGUGUGGAUGUAGUCCACAGUGGCCUUGCAGUAUUACCGGACUGGCUGUGGUGGUUUUCAUUGCAUUCCCCCCUUUUGUGUACAGUCCAGUAUUCUCCUAAAACGCGGUGCCUGCUGCAGAAUGCUGAAGCAGAGGCCACUGGUGACUGAAACAUGCUUGAACGAUGAUUUAAAAACAAGCCCUUCUUACUUCACUUCCUAUGAAUACCCGCUGAAAUAAAGUGUUUUUAUUUGUUUCAGGUGAA